GGAGAAGCCCCAGACUGCCGGCCUGGACCGUGCUGCAGAAGUGAAAGUACUGUACUGCUUUUUUUCUGAAGGGGGGGGGCAGUUAAAAUUUCUGCAUGCCGUGGGGAUCUCAAACGGCUUGCAUUUGUCUAUUUACGUGCUUAAAAGCAGGGCACAAAUAAGAUCAACAAAAGGAUAAAAAUAAAACAGAACGAUUGUCGGGGGGGGGGGAAGGAACAAAACGAGAAAAAAAGGGCAGUUUUAAUGCGGAGGAAAAGAGAUCGGAGGGAGGACUCCACCAAUCCGAAGUGAACACAGAUUGUCCUUCGAGGUUACAAAGGUCACCAGAAGUUCUCCUUUCCCCUGAGAGGAGAGCUUCGGGCGUAGUAUAGACAAGUGCGGGGUGGGUGUGGGUGUGCGUGCGUGGAGUGCAGGCGUCAGGCCUUCGCUCUGGAUCGAGCUGGAAAUGGCUUCUGCGGACCGGGAAGAGUUCCUCCAAGAUGGCACCUGCGACGCUUGCGAGCCCGACGAAGCCCAGCCGGCGGCGGAGGUCUGCGAGGACUGCGCCUUCGCCUUUUGCCGGCUCCACGCCGACGAGCACCGGCAGAAAUACGGCGCUCACCGGACGAGGGGCUGGGCCGCUCCCGAGGGGGGAAGGCAGGCAGGGAGCCGGGAGGGCGGCUCGGCAAAGGCAGCCCCCGAAGAGGACGAGCCGGGGCCCCGCAAGCUGGAGCGGAAGAAGUGCGAGGAGCACGGCGAGGACCUCAGCCUGUACUGCCAAGAGCACGAGAAGAUCAUCUGCGUGCUGUGCGCCGUGUCCGGCCCUCACCGGCAGCAUGAGAUCAUCACGCUGAAGGACGCCUACGAAGCCUUCAGGAACAGAGAACAAGUGGACCUGAAGGUGGCCAUGCUAGAGAUGGUAGAAAGGCUAAAGUUCAAGUGUGCGGACCCCAAAGUGACUCAGGGUGACAUGAAGCAAUGCAUUCAGCAAGAAUUUGACAAAGUACGGCGUCUCGUUUGUGAAGAGGAGCGGCGAGCUCUUCACCUGGUGGAUCUCCAAGAAGCUUUGGCCACAGCUCACACCACAGAGGUUCUGGCCGACAUUGAUGUCCGCAUGGAGAAAUUGAUGACUGAGAUGGCAGAGCUCACAAGACAGCUUAACACCUUUAAUGAGCUAGCCCAGCUCAAGCCCAAGAGCACAGAUGAAGAAACCAGAGCUGAUGGUAUCCCUCCACUGAGCCCUCCCCAAAGGGACCGGCCAUAUAAUGAUGAUGAUCCAUCACCUACCAAUGGACCCUGUUAAGCAAAAGAAGUUUAGCUACUAAGCCGGCUGUGCAGAGGGAUGCACCUACAUUCAACAUCUGUAUGGUGAAGAUACCUUGACAUCUUUGAAGAUGAUCUCAAGACCUGAAUCUGUAUCGGAAGAAACGAACUCCUUUUUGUUUUUGCAGUACCUUUCCACUUUCUCUCAGAUGCUCUUUUCUUUCCCUCAGUUGCCUUCUUUGCAAACACCCUAUUUUUUUAUGACCAGUGAACCUUAUUCCCAAGGGUUGACAGUCACCCUAAAGACUGAAAAUAUGAGAUUAGUAAUUGAAAUAAAGAUAACACUGAAAUACAGGUAUAAAAGCCACACUGGUAUCAGGGUUCCUGAGGACUUUUUAAUAAUUCAUUAUAGCUGAGAUGAAACCACAGUUUUUGAAAAACACAUUUGAGAAUAAAUUUUUAAUUUAUAAUAUUGUUAAAAUGGUGGCUAACUUUCAGUAUAACUUAAAAGUGUUUCAACAUAGGUUUUGUUGUUGUUGUUUCUUAUUUAAAUUCUUAGAUUAGGCUGAUACUUUCCAGUCUGAAUAUACACUUUAGCUGUAGGCCUUAAAAUCCCAGUACUUAAUGCACAUUUCUAUAAGAACUUUGCUUUUUAAAAAAUUUAAAAAUCAAAAUACGAGACGCCUAAUAUAUUGAACUUUACAAUAUUAUCUUCAAAGCUUUUUUUGUUCAUUGGUCUUCUGGUUUCCAGUUUCUCUUAAGGUUUCAUAAUUUGUUGGGGGGAUUCAGAUUUUUUAAAAAAUAUACUUAAAAGGAAUACUAACAAUUUAGAGCAGACAUUCUAGUAGCAGCUAAAUUUUGUUCCUCUGUUGUUUUUCCUACAUGGGUUUGAAGAAUCAGCAGCACAAAGCUUCCAUUUAAGCAAAUUACAAUAUUGAUAUUUGA